AUGGAAAGGAGAAUGCAAAACUCCACACUUCAAAAGGCUAGAAGAAUACAUAAUAACACUACCUCUAACUUAGAAAAUACAAUAAAGCUCAACAACUUCAAGUUCAAUUGUUCAGGAGUACUUAAACACGAGCAUGCUAUCACUCCUCCUUGGGUGAUGGAACUUCACUCUAAUACUGAUCUCUCUCAACACAUCAAAAGUGAGACUAUGGACUAUACUUUUAGAAAUCUGACACUUUCAUUACUUGAAGACUAUCAGGAUUACAUCAAGUUUUACACCGACGGUUCCAAAACUGAAGCAGGAGUUGGGGCAUCGGUAUACUUCAACAAUACACCAAAAAUGAUCAAAUUUCCUGACUUCUGUUCAAUCUACACAGCAGAAGCUUAUGCGAUUUAUCACGCACUUGAAACAAUUCAACAACUCAAAAUUGAUAAAGCGCUCAUAUUAAGUGACUCUCUUAGUACUAUCAACAGCAUAAGCAACAUAAACCAACCCAAUGCCAUAUCCAGAAUGAUUCAAAAUCAAAUUUCCCUCCUAAAUCACAACAAUCAAAACGUGUUACUGGUAUGGAUUCCUAGCCAUAUCGGAAUCCCUGGCAACGAAACAGCAGACACCUACGCUAAAAGAGCCAUAACCUCCCCCGAAGCCUCCUUAGUGCAAAUCUGCUCCCUGGGCGAUAUCAAGGGAGUAUUACAGUCCCUGACGCUGCAACAAUGGCAGCAUCGUUGGACAUCAUCACUCACGAAAUUAAAUGUUAUCAAACCUUCCAUCAACCCUUGGCCAACACUCAUCACCAAGAGACGUCAUGAAGUCAUAGUCAACCGACUUAGAAUCGGCCAUACGUGGCUUACACAUAACUUCCUCAUGAGACAUGAAGAUCCAACCCAAUGCACAACCUGCGGGGAAAUCAUCACCGUCGAACACGUUCUUCUUCACUGCCGGAAAUACGUGGAUACCAAAACCUCUCUAAAUAUCCCGGACCACCUCUACGAAAUACUCGGACCCGACCUCAAAAACUUCAAUAACACCCUAAUGUUUUUACAGCAAACAAAACUGUACAACCUUAUUUAA